GGCGCGGGCACGUGGCCGCACAGCUGGUUUCCUGCGGCCGCGGCGCGGCGGUGUCAGCUCCAGCGGGCGGCAGCGGCGCCCGCCCGGGGCCCGACACCCCCCGGCACCGCCACCGCCACCCCGGCUCCCCCCGCCGGCGGCUCCUCGGGGCGGGCCCGGGCCCGGCCGCGGCGGCGGCGGCGUUGGAGCGGCGGUAGCAGCGCGCGGCGCCCGUCCCGGCACCAUGGCGCACUCGGCCCCGCUCGGCCUCCUGGAGCAGAGCUGCCCCAUCCAGGUGGAGCACGAUCGCAAGCGGCGGCAGUUCACCGUGCGGCUGAACGGUUGCCACGACCGGGCAGUGCUGCUCUAUGAAUACGUGGGGAAGCGGAUCGUGGACUUGCAGCACACGGAGGUACCAGACGCCUAUCGAGGAAGAGGAAUAGCCAAGCACCUCGCCAAGGCAGCCCUGGACUUCGUGGUAGAGGAGGACCUGAAAGCUCAUCUGACGUGCUGGUAUAUUCAGAAAUACGUCAAGGAGAACCCCCUGCCGCAGUACCUGGAACACUUACAGCCUUAAGGCAGGACUGCUCUGACACCAGCGCGCCUGUCCCUGACUGUUCAACGCGGCCUUCGCUUCUCUGCGGUCUCAGGAAAUCCCCCUCCCGCUCCCACACUCACAAUUCCCAUUUUUUUACGUGUGUCCAUGUGGUGCAUGAGUGUGGGCUCGACCUCCUCCCCUCUGCCCGUGUGUGAGCAUGGCUACGGCCCUUGGGCUGGGCUGGCUCCGGGCACACGUUCCCCCUGGCACUCUUCUCGAGCCAGGGGGUGGAAGAGGAUGGUUUUUCCACCAAACUCCAUCACAAGACCAGGGGACGGCUCGGUCUGUAUCUCGCCCUUUCCCCUCUGCUUGGCAAUGGCCAUGAACUUGCAGGGGGAUGUUGGUUAGGGGCGGCUGCAGUGUACCAGCCCCCCUUCCCUCCCAGCUGCUGGGGAAAUGCUGUGGAUUAAGCCUCAUGGGCUGGAGGGAGGUGGUGGAGGAGCCCAGGCCCCUUGGCAGGUUCAUCCCCCAUGGCAGGAGCAUCUGCUGAGCGCUGAGCCUUGCCCAAAGCCUCGUGGUGCGCAGGUGAGAACUUGUGGGCCGUGGUGGCACUGGGACGGUGAGACCUGCGAGCCUAGAGAGGGAGGAGUCGAACAAGAAGCGGCCUUCAGCAGCAGCCUUCGUCCUCGAGGGCUGCAGCAGAGUGGAUGCAGCAUGACUGCGCAGAGGAAGAAAUGGGGCUGAGUUGCAGGCGCUGCCUCCUGCCCCAGCCGCGGGAGCCCCGCAGGCCCAGGCUGCCGUUCCCAUCUCUGCUCCCUGGAGUCAGUAUUGUUCAUGCUGGUGUGGACCCAGCGGGCUCAGGAGGAGAGCACCGGCCCUCCCCAGCCAGGCCUGGCGUCCCCGCACGGCCGAAGCGAUGAGGGAAUGUCCCAGGCUUUUGCAAGUGGCUGGGUGGUCUCCUUUUGCUGCCUACGGCUGAAGAGGAAGGAUCCUCCCAUCUUCCUCGGCUCACGCUCUGGGUCUCUGCUCCAGAACCUAGGGGUCCGAGCCCUUGCCGCAUCCCAGGAGCAACGGGGGAGCAAGGCUUCCAGGAUCUGGUCCUGUCCCGCCUCCGGGGUUUGACGCUAGAGCCGCCCGCCUCUGCAUGGAUGCUGGCUGUUACAGCCGUUCACUUCCCCUCCUUGCAGCCUUUGGAAACAAACUCUGACUUGGGGCAUCGCACAUCUGCUCGCUGCCUCUCCUCACAGCUCUGAGCCCUGCCGUGUCCCCAGGCGAUGGUGGCACCACAGGGUCCUUGACCAGCGGCGAGCAGGAACGCUGGGCUCUCACUCUGAAUGCAGCCAAGCACUCUCGCAUCGCGUGCUGCCUCCGCGGAUGAUGACCCCGUAGCACAGCUCAGCACUGUCAGACGCAGAGGUAACACCGUCGCGGUAGUGCUGAGAGUGGGGCGCACACUGGCUCUGGAUUGUUGCCUGUCCUGCCUUGCCCAGGUUUUUCGGGGCCUGAGCUAGACCCCGGAGAAUGGGAGAUCCCCGCGAGCCGUCAGGGCCGGGCUGUGGGCGGCAGCGCUCCUGGCAUGCUGUCUUGGAGCAGCUGCUAGCUCAGCUGAGGGGCUGUAGCCAGGCAGAACGAGAUAAAGAGCCUUUCACUUGGAGGCCAAAUCCAAAUCUAGUUUAUCUCAGUAGGGAAUAAAGUUUACAACCUGUGUUGUGGACUGACCGAAGCCCUGGCCAAGAGAGAGCUCAGCCCUCUCCCAGAGCCCAGUGCAAAGUCCACAGAGGUAAAGGCAACAGCUCCUACAGCCUUUGCUCCCAGCUGGAUCAGUAAGAGACGGAGACCCAUGUGCGGCCUCAGCCAGGAAGGUCCCAGUGUGUUCUUCCUGGCCGCCCGGUCGAGGCAAAGCCCCUGCCCUGCUGCUCGGGGGAUUCCCACCACUGAUGUGAUGCAGGCGCAUGGGCUCCAGUAAAACCUUCCCAAAUGCCAUCCCUGCCCUGCUGCGGGCCAUGAAACCCCCUGCCCAGCUUGGGAGGGGCCCGUGCCCUGUCCCCGAGGCUGGGCUGGGUGGCAGCCCCAUCGCCGGCUUGUGCUGCUCAGGAGAAGCAUCAGGCUUCAGCCUUGCCUCUGCCUCAUGUCUCUGCCCUCUUGCUGCCUACUUCAGCCUGGCUGCUGCCUUCAGGAUGUCUUAGAGGGACUGGGAAAGUGUCAUGGGUAGAGAAACAAAGAAAAGGGGCUCAAGAAGAAAUCUAGCCUGCAAAAUACUAGCUCCUCAACAGGCAAAAUACACUUCAACAUCUAGUUACAGGAGCAAGGUUGGCUCUGUUGUAGCUGAGUAGUGACAGAACCGUCCCUACUCUUGGUCCCAAAGUGAAGCUGAACCACCUCCUCUCCUGCAAGCCAAGGUAAAAAGACACCACUGUAUAUGCGAUGCAGCAGGGCCGGGUGCUUGGAAGAGCUCUCGUAGGAGCUUGUGCCUGCCACUGAAAGUCUUGGCCCUGGUCUUGUGCUAGUUUCCACUGUGUGAUGGUUUCCAGGAGAACCACGCUGUGUCUGCUGCGUGAAGAUGGCUCGCUAGAGAUGGGCUGUGGUCGCCGCAUUGGCAGGGUCCACGCAUCCAAGCCUGGCCGUGGAGCCCUUUGUGCUGUUUUGGCAGGAACCUCGUGCUUUCUGGCCCUGGAUCACAAGUGGCAAUCACCGCCUUAAAUCAGGCACAGCACACGGUUCUGCUGCUGCUUCCCUUUGAGGUGCUACAAUCCCUUCGGUUUCUGUCCUGACGGAGACAUUUGCCAGUGUCUGUGCCAACCGUUCUACUGCUGUAUCCAUCCUCCACCCUGGCCUUUCCUUCCCCUGGUCUCCGAUGUCGGCAAAUAGCAAUACCCACAGGUCACCAGCGAUGCUGCAGCCCUCCGUGCUCCCAUGAUCUGGCGCCGUCAGGCGGGAGACGGCUGGGGGCUCGUGUGGCGUUGGACGGUCCUCCCUCCUGCCUCUCCGCCAGCCGCCCUUUCCUCGCUUGUCCGUGCAGGAAGGAGCUUUCUGAGCCCUCUGCUGCCCCGGGCUGCUCCACGGUGCUGACCAAGCCUGGAGGAGUUGGGGAUCCUGGACUCUCUCCAGCAAUGGGAGUGUGGAAGUGGUUUGGUUGAAUAUCGAGGUCCCCAAGCCCGUUUGAACUACAGACUUCGGGAGGUGGGGAAAUACAGAUGCUGUCAAACUUGCUUCCACAUCGCCCAACUUGAACUCCUCCUUUCUCGUCUGCUUUCCAGAGUUGUCUUCCUCUGUCCGAGGUUUCCAUUCUUUUGAAUUCGGUGGUUACAAUGUGCCUUUCCUUCUCAGGACCUGUUACAAAUGACCUUUCUGCUUUUGUUUAUGUCUAACAUUUAUCUUUAUCCUUCCCUCUGUCAUACUAUAAAACAUGAACAUAUUGCAUGGAAUACAAUACAAUAAAAAGUGUGGCUUAACUGA